UUGACUCUAUUUGGGAUCGACUCACCGCCUUAUUGACAAGCAGGCAGGCUAGCAGAAAGAAACGCGUUUUAGCCCUUAAAUGAAACCUUAAAUAUUGCGGCUAGCAAUCGACUAAAAGUCUUCAUGGUUUCUCUACAUUUUCAUACCUGUGACGGGAAAUAAUUAAAAGGACAGAAGAGGAUUUAAAACACUGUUGUUGGUCGGAAAAUACAGAUAGAGGUUGUCCCUCUGAUAGAAGAUGUCCACAAUGGUGUAUCCUCGUGAGGAGAAGUUAGAGAAACUGUCGCAGGAGGAAAUAAUCUCAAACACUAAACUGGUGAUCCAGGGCCUGGAGGCACUAAAGAGUGAGCAUAACUCCAUCCUACACAGCCUGUUGGAGACAAUCAAGUGCCUGAAGAAGGAUGAAGAGGCCAACCUGGUGCACGAGAAGUCCAACUUGCUCCGCAAAUCUGUGGAGAUGAUUGAGCUAGGCCUGGGGGAGGCACAGGUCAUGAUGGCCUUGUCUAAUCACCUAAACGCUGUGGAGUCAGAGAAGCAGAAGUUGCGUGCCCAGGUCAGGCGACUUUGCCAGGAGAACCAGUGGCUGCGGGACGAGCUGGCCAACACUCAGCAGAAACUGCAGAAGAGUGAACAAAGUGUAGCCCAACUGGAGGAGGAGAAGAAACACCUCGAGUUUAUGAACCAGCUCAAAAAGUAUGAUGAAGAUGUAUCACCCUCGGAGGAGAAAGAUGGCGACCCAACUAAAGACUCUUUGGAUGAUCUCUUUCCUAAUGAUGAAGAGGAACAUGGUCAAGGAAUGCCGCACCAGCAUAACAGUGCAGCUGUGGCAGCAGCGCAGCAGGGAGGCUAUGAGAUUCCAGCACGCCUGCGAACCCUCCACAACCUGGUGAUCCAGUAUGCUGCACAGGGGAGAUAUGAGGUGGCAGUGCCUCUGUGCAAGCAGGCUUUAGAGGACCUGGAGAAAACCUCGGGUCAUGAUCAUCCUGAUGUUGCAACCAUGCUCAACAUCCUUGCUCUGGUGUACAGGGAUCAAAACAAAUAUAAAGAGGCUGCACAUCUGCUCAAUGAUGCUCUGUCCAUCAGGGAAAAGACUCUGGGCAAAGACCAUCCUGCUGUGGCUGCCACUUUAAAUAACCUGGCUGUGCUGUAUGGGAAGAGGGGCAAAUAUAAGGAAGCUGAACCUCUGUGUAAGAGAGCUUUAGAGAUCAGAGAGAAGGUUCUUGGGAAAGACCACCCAGAUGUGGCCAAGCAACUGAACAAUCUGGCCCUUCUGUGUCAGAACCAAGGCAAAUAUGAAGAGGUGGAAUACUACUACUGCCGAGCUUUGGAGAUAUACGUAGUUAGACUGGGCCCUGAUGACCCCAAUGUUGCCAAAACCAAGAACAAUCUGGCAUCAUGCUUUCUCAAACAGGGAAAAUUCAAGGAGGCUGAAAUUCUCUACAAAGAGAUUCUCACUCGUGCCCAUGAGAAAGAGUUCGGAUCAGUUGAUGCUGAGAACAAGCCUAUCUGGAUGCAUGCUGAAGAGAGGGAGGAAAUGAGCAAAGGCAAGCACAGAGAUAACACCCCAUAUGGAGAGUAUGGGGGCUGGUACAAAGCCUGCAAAGUCAACAGCCCGACUAUGAAUACCACUCUGAGGAACCUGGGUGCCCUGUACCGUCGCCAGGGAAAGAUGGAGGCUGCUGAGACCCUGGAGGAUUGUGCCACAAGAUCCCGCAAACAGGGGAUUGAUCCGAUCAACCAGAACCGUCUGGUUGAGAUUCUAAAGGAGGGUGAGGCUGAGAGGAGGAGGAGCCGGGACAGCAUGUCCAGUGUUAAGUACGAUAGCAGCUCAGAGGCUGGAGAAGAAGUGAGUAUGGGGAUAGAAUGGAGUGGGGCAUAAGCCAUCAAGAUUUUUCCUCAACCCUUCUCUCCCUUCCCAUCACAUAGCAAAGGAAGCUCUUGCUCCCACUGGUCUUUUAAUUGCCCAUCUGCAGAUUCGGCCUGUUCCAUUCCUGGUGUCUUCGGCGAGACUGCUGCCUGAUGCUUUCUUCACCUGUACACUGAGAAAUGUUGGGGUGGCGCUUUUACUCUAAAAUGCAUAAUUCUCUUGUUUUUCCUUCUCUGUGCCCUGGGAAUUGUAAAUGUUGUCUGUAUAUCCUCUUUGUCUCUUUGGUCACUUUCCUCUCUUUCUCAUUCUCUUUGCUCACUUUUUCCUCUUGUUUUUUUUAUUUUGUAGCUUUAGCUCUUAAAGCAUUUACAGUAUUUAAUGAAUGAAGACAUGCAUAAAAACUGAAGAAUAGCACACGCUUUGUUUUGCUGUCUAGUCUGAAAAAUGUGUGUUCAGUGAGCCUUGCUGCAUUCACAGUAUUGCAUUUGGAAUUUGGCUUGAAUUCUGCUCUUUAAAUCAUUUGGUUUUUAUUUUAUAUGACUUGACCUUUAAAUGAAUGGCCUUUAUUUGUGAUCUUUUAUUUAUGUGGCCUCUAUUGAGUUAAUAAUGACUGACAGCUUGAAAGUGUCUGAAAUGAGCUGGUUAUUUUGUUUUUGGUAACCUGUGUUUCUGUAAUUUAUAAACUCAUGAUUUUUAAACAGUAUUUUUCUGUCUAUGUAUUUUUAAUUUGUGAUAUCCAAAGGUGAGCUAAGAUGAGUCGAGACAGCUGUGUCUGUAAAUAGGCUGGAGGUUGGGGUUGCAUGGACAUGCUUUUUUGUUGUUGUUGUACUUAACUAAGCAUUAUUUCUUAUUCUAAUUAUGUUUACAGAGCUUAUAAAUGCAUGUCGUCUCUUUGGUUUGAAACCAGCUAAUGCUAGAGCUCUUUUAAUUUCUGGUUCACGUUUUAUCUUUAAAUCAUUUAGCACAUUUAGCCUUUACACAGUCAUUUUCUGGGUUGCACCCAAUCACACAUUUUUUUUAUCAUGAAUGAUCUGCUUCAUAUGAUGUAACAUUUAAUUAAAUAAAUUUAAAUCAUGGAUUUGGUGAAAAUAGUAUUUCAACCACUUGAAUUAGUUUCUCACAUUCAUUCUUCUCUACUGACUCCACUUUCUCUGAGUGAUCAGUGGGUGACUGGUUGUAAAUAAGUGCAUUAUGGAGCUGUGCUAUUUAUUUAACAAAGAUUGUUGUUCUAGCCCUAGAUGCACAACAAUGCAUUUAUUUAUGUAUUUGUUUUUGGUACUUUGACAAUGUGAUAUUGGCAGUUGUGCCACAAUAUUGUAUGGCUUAAGAAAAUCAGUUGCACAACAAUGGGCAGGGCUCUAAUUCAGUUUUAGUGCCCUUAAUUCUUAAACACUACAAUUUGCAUUAAUUUUGGGCAUCUUUGUUUCUUAAUUCCUGGCAGUUUAUUAGCUAUUGUGUAACACAUUAGCCGAUCAGAUAUCACCAGGACUUGUACACAGUUUUGACCCGAUACCUUGCAAUGCCAAUCUACCUGAAAUUUAAACUCUGGCUUUUUAAUUCAAUUAACCCAUAUCCAGUUAAUAACCACAGUGCUACUUGCAAAAUGGGUUUAUUAAAUUGCCUCAGUUUCCUGCUUUGUUGGAUGAUGCUGCAAUAUUUUGAGCCUCUCUGGAUCUUAAAUAAAGGGAGUCAAACUAAAAAUCAAUAGCCACAGACAGGUCCACACCCUUUCACAAGCCUGAUCUGUUUGCAUGGACAUUGCUAAGUAGCAAGAAGUUAAAAAGGGAAUAAGAAGGUUACAAUUUACACUACGCAGCAUUUACUACAUUCACUCAAAGCUUUUUGUUAUAUUUUAUUUGCGUAAUCAGAAUUGACUUGUAUCUAAUUGAAGCAACUGUCCACUAAAUAUGUGCUGUUUCCUUUAAUGUUCUCAACACACUAAAGCAGUGUAGAAGUGCUAGUCUAUAAUUUUACACCAAUUCUACAACGGCUUGCAGUCAGAUUGGACUCUUGCUGAUGAAAAUUGAUCAAAUGCUUUUGAAUGCACAUCAACAGAAACACAUUAAGGUAUGAAGUUCCAACCCUGUACAGAUUUAUUCUAAAUCAUCUGUUAAUAUGCCAUUCCGAUCUCUUCGUCAUCUUCACUUUUGCCAAAAAAAUUCCUAGAGGUAGUGAAGAGUGUGAACUUGAACAAAAAAUAUUAUCAUGCUAUUCUAAUAGACAAUAUUGUUGUGUUUAGUGGAAUGUGGAUUAUUUAUUAAACUGUUCUUUAUUAUGAUAUAUAAAUAUAUAUACAGUGUAACUCUAGAGCAAUGUAAUGUCUAGAGCAGUAGUACUGACAUAUAGACUAUCGUAGAACUUAGACCUGCACAUAUAUUCAUCUGUCUUCAUUGUGAUGGUUGUUGAAUGAACACUUGUCAAUGUUGUUCAAUAAAGGUUUUCAUUUGCGAAA